AUAUGUUUGUCUAGGCCACAUGUAUAUGCUGAAGAUUUGCACUGGGAUGACUUCUCAUCUCUUUCUUAAUGUGCAUCACAUAGUGUUUGGGGAGAUCCUGCCUUCUGUGAAUACUCCAGUUGCUAUUACGGACCUGAUGUUGUUUCAAAUGUAUAUUCAGUAGCUGGCUCAUAGUAUCAUUAUGACAACUCAACACACUAAUGGUUUAGGAAUAGUCAGAGAAUCUGCUGAACAAAUGUAUCCAAUCAGACAAGAAAGUAAGAAUCUUUCAAAGCAGAGGAGAUCAGAAGAGAGUGAGAAGAAAUUAGGCAAGAAAAGGCAUGAUGGAAAUGAGUCUUCUGUCAGAAUUGUGAACAGGACUUCGUCCCAAACCUCCACAUGCAGCAGAGAUUCUGUGAAGCCAGACAGGUUCAAUAAAACUACAGACAAGAAGUCAACUCAGUCUCCAAAAUCAGAGUCCCUACCUGUAUCUGCUUUUGAAGCUACCAUUCUGCAUUUCCACAAGUCACAGAGUCUGGGAAGCAGUGAGAUACUGAAUGUGCAACAUAAAAGUGGACCAAUAUGUUCAGCGGAAAGUAACAUUACGUGCCUUAGUCAACCACAGAUGUCUCUCUUGUUGAACACAGAGGAAGAUACUUCUGUGGAAAGCAAAGCUUCAUCAAAAACUUUAGAUGUAACAGUAGCCAGAUUAAUUCCGUCUUCAUUUGAUGGUAGAGCAUUUCCUGAAAUACCUGCAGAUAGCUCUGCUCAGCCACAUGUGUCUUGGGCCAUGGUACUUUCACAGCCCCGAAAGAAAAUGGUGUCAUCACCAGCAUCUGAAGGUCCUUCCAGAGGCAAAGGAAAGCAGGAUAAUGAAGCAAAGCAAUCAGAAACAAAAAAUGAUGCGAGUGAAACUGAGCCUGAGGAAGGGUCAGAAAAGAAGAAAAAAAAGAAGAAAAAGAAAAAAAAAACAAAGUCACUCACUGAUGUAGAGAAACCUCAAAAUGAAUCUACUACAGUACAGGAGCCACCAAGGAUUGAGGAUGCUGAGGAGUUUCCUGAUCUGGCAGCUGCUUCUGAUAGGAGAAACAGGCUAGGAUCUCAGAAAUCAUCAUUUGUUCCUGUUGUCAGAAAGCAGUCUGAAAACCAUCUUCCCGAAGAGCCUUGGGAUAGUCAGUCUCCCACACUGGAUGGAACUCCCAAGGUGGAUGGCCUGUCAGGAAAGCAACCUUUAUCUUCUAUAUUAGAAAGAAAGAAAAUGCAGGAAACAUCCAGGAGCAGUGGUAAGAAGAGUCAAAUUCCUGUGCAAUUGGAUUUGGGUGGCAUGCUGGCAGCCUUGGAGCAGAAGCAGCAAACAGAGAAGUCAAAACAGUCUUCUAAACCUGUGGUCUUUUCAGUUGGUGGUGCCAUACCGUUGCUUUCUAAAGAAUCUACUACAGCCAUAAAAAGUCAACGAUUAAAUCAAGGAAAGAUGCCUCAUAACCCUUUGGAUUCCAGUGCUCCUUUGGUAAAGAAAGGGAAACAGAGAGAAGUCCCUAAAGCAAAGAGACCAACACCUCUUAAAAAGAUUAUUCUGAAAGAAAGAGAACAACGAAAACAGCAACACCUGUUAGAACAGAUAGCAGUAUCAAAAGGUGAAGAUAAUACUUGUCAGCCCACAGAAAAUACUACUGAAGAUGAAAUGCUUCUACAGGAUAGUCAAGCAGCUGUUCCUGUAAUGCAAGCUGCUGAAGGGUUUCUGGAGAACACAGGGAUGAAGGAAUCUACAGAAGGUUCUAUGACUUCAAAGCAGCUAAACUCCAAUCUUCCAAAAAUCCACAGUAGAAAUUUUAGAGAUUACUGCAGCCAGGUACUUAGUAAAGAAGUUGACAGUUGUGUGACAGAUCUCUUAAAAGAACUGGUUCGUUUCCAAGAUCGCUUGUAUCAGAAAGACCCAAUAAAGGCCAAGAUAAAACGCAGGCUUGUUAUGGGGCUUAGAGAAGUUUUGAAACAUCUGAAGCUGAAAAAACUGAAGUGUGUCAUCAUCUCUCCUAACUGUGAAAAGAUUCAAUCAAAGGGUGGGUUGGAUGAGACUCUGCACAACAUUAUCGACUGUGCCUGUGAACAGAAUAUCCCAUUUGUUUUUGCCCUUAACCGCAAGGCCCUAGGCCGCUGUGUGAACAAAGCAGUGCCUGUGAGUGUGGUGGGAAUUUUCAGCUAUGAUGGGGCUCAGGACCAUUUCCAUAGAAUGGUACAACUGACAACAGAGGCCAGGAAAGCCUACAAAGAUAUGAUAGCAGCUUUAGAGGAAGAAGCUGAAGGAGGGCUAAGAGAAACCCAACCCAGCAUCUUAACCACUGAAUGUGAAAAAAAUGGCUUAUCAGAAAGUGCUAAAACAUCUACCAAGGACUCUGAUGAGGAUGUACCAAAUUAUAUUAAAAUCUGGAAGAGAAAACUUGAAGAAGACUAUAAUCCAUAUGCACUGGAACUGGAAAAGAGUGCAACUGCUGACAUGGUGAUAGUGAAUUCAGAAGAGCAUCAGUAAAUGCAGAUCCAAUUUUAUUGGGCUUUCUUUUUGGUUUUUAGAUCCCCUAGGAAGAAGGUAGCAAAACAAAAUAAUUAAAGAAAUAUCUGAAGCAAGCUAAGUAAACUGUUCUGAAUCCCUUUAAAUGAAAUACAUACUGGGGCACAUGAGGCACUAGCUAAUGCUUUUACACUUUAUGUAUUUGGCUGAUUAGUAUAGCAGAUGACAACAGCAAAUUGUCUUAGUCCAAACCACUUGAACUGGCUUGCCCUACCUUAAUGGUUUUAUGCACUAGCACUGAUUUUUUAGUGAUGCAAUAUACCAAAAGAACUUGUUAGAAAGAUGAUGAUUUUAUUUGGGAAGACAUUCCAUGAGCCAGAAGGAUGAGGCUUGUGGGGAGUUGCUUUUUAUUCUUAACUUCUUUUAAAAAAAUUUAGACUGGUUUUUGAUUGUGGAGGUUUUUAUCUUUUUUUCUUCUCAAUAAACCUGCUUAGAUGGGCAGGCUGGCAUCAAUGUCGCUUUCUUCCAGUCAGCAAGAAACUAAUUUUGGGCAGGCAACUUGAUUGAAACUAUUUUAAGGAAGACCAUGACGACAAAGAUCCCAGUUAGCUCUUCUGUUUGAUACUUUGGGGAUGAUACAGAUGUGAAAGAGAGAGCAUGGACUACAAAGGUCUGAAAUUCCUGAUGUGAAAAUGCUCUCUUUAGAAAUGUUAUAAAGCUGAUGAAUUGUAUAAUGAUGAUCAUUCUGUUGCUACUGAGAUGAGUUUAUUAUAGGUCCUGCUUUGAAGUUAGAAGAUAUUGAAGGACAGCAGAGGUGCCAGCCUGCUAUCCUAUCUGUAACCAUCUUCAUGCUGACAGACUCUUCAUUCCUUCAGUUUGGGGUUGUGUCACUAUGUAUAUGUAAUGGGUUUUGAUUGAUCUCAGUUUUUAUCAGUCAGGGAAAAUUUUUAUCUAACAGGAAAUAAAAUUUUAAAAUCAAAAUGUCCUCAUAAUGGUGGUGGAGCACCUUAGUGGGACUGUCCUAUAUAAAUAUCAUUGUUUACAAGUUUGAAGACAUAGGAGAGUAAGCCUAAAGAAAGUAAUUGGAGAAUGCACAUGUGAACUUCGGUCAUCUGUUCUGAAAGAUGAUAUAGAUGCCAUGUGCUGCUACCAGCAUCUCUGAAGUGUAAGUGCAUGCUUCAUCACAUUGAAGUAGUAGUGCAAUACAUUGGAAAGGAGCUGCCUUGUGAAGUUAGAAGUGAUAUAAAAACUUUAAAUUGUUUGAAUUUCAAAAUUAUUUUGUAGAAUGUAAAUUGUAUAAGAUCUGUUACAAUAUACUGAUUCUGUAAAGUAUGGUUGUGAUCUAAGUAAAUUUGUCUGUUGGGCAUUUAACGAUAUUUGAAAUGUCAGUUUUGAGGAAAAACAUUGGUAAGGGAUGCCAGCCUUGAGCUGAAAUGUACAGUGGUCACGAUAUUUUUGUAUUAGUUUCUUCUAAUCUUAAAUGGAAAUUGAGGGUGCAAGAUAUCAGUGAUUAAAGAUGGUUUUGGUUAGCUGAUAGCCUUGAUCUAGAGGUAAGUUGCAAUUUAUUUGGACUUGUGCGACUUUGAUACACAUCUAAAACUCUGAAACUGCUAAACCUGAACUGCUAAACUGGGGACCAGUUUGUGAAGAUCACGUUAACAGCUGGUUUUUUGGGCCAUAUUUUCUGUUUUGUCUUACUGCAGAAAAGCAUGAAAAGUUACUUUGAAAACAUUAUAGGUUGUUCAAAAUCUUGGGGAGUUAUUUACUGUUCUUAGAAUGUAGCAAAAAAAUUCCCUGUACAGGGUCACAGCUGUAUUCACUAAUUCUGUUACACAGAUGUUUUUUCACAAAGAAGUUGAGCUAAACAAAAA